AUGAAAUUGAACAUCGCUAACCCAGCCACCGGCUGCCAAAAGUUGAUUGAAAUUGAAGACGAACGUAGACUUCGUGGCUUCUAUGACAAGCGUAUGGCUCAAGAAGUCUCUGGCGACGCUCUCGGUGACGAGUUCAAGGGUUAUGUUUUCCGUAUCACUGGUGGUAACGACAAGCAAGGUUUCCCCAUGAAGCAAGGUGUUCUCUUACCCCACCGUGUCAAGCUCUUGAUGUCCAAGGGCCACUCUUGCUACCGUCCUCGCCGUACUGGUGAACGCAAGAGAAAGUCUGUCCGUGGUUGUAUCGUCGGCCCUGAUCUUUCUGUCUUGUCUCUUGUCGUCGUCAAGCAAGGUGAACAAGAUAUUCCCGGUUUGACCGACACUACCGUUCCCAAGCGUCUUGGUCCCAAGCGUGCUUCCAAGAUUAGAAAGUUCUUCAACUUGUCCAAGGAAGACGAUGUUCGCAAGUAUGUCAUCCGCCGUGAAGUCCAACCCAAGGCUGAAGGCAAGAAGGCUUACACCAAGGCCCCCAAGAUCCAACGUCUUGUCACUCCCCGUACUCUUCAACACAAGAGACGUAGACAAGCCAUUAAGCGCAGAAGAACCGAAGCUUCUCGUGAAGCCGAAGCUGAAUACAAGCAAUUGCUUGCCAAGCGUGUUAAGGAAGCCAAGGAAAAGAAGAUUGAACGCCGUCGCACUUCUUCUAUGCAGAAAUCUGCUUCUGCUUAA